GCCUGUGGAGGGAAAAAAAAAAAAAGUCCUUCAAACAGCAUGCCCAUGGAUCUUUUACGCAAGCACAUGUGGCUAUGGGUGGUCUUUGGGAUGGUUUUCAUGUCUGUGGUGAUCAGCAUCAUUUUCCUUUUCAUCUGCAAGUGCGUAUCCAGACGAGGCAAACACAGAAUCGCACGGCUUAAAAAGGAACACAGCUUCAGAACUGAGAGCAACAAAUACCAGGACAGAAACACUGAAGCAGGCAUUCCUCCUCUGCCUCCACGGACACAGUUUCUCACAGCAGAAACCCAAAGCUAUGAGAACCUGGCUGAGGAGCAGGUAGGCCAGAGCAUCCGUGGGCACGGGGACAACGUAGGCAACUGCCGGCAGAACGUAAGCGACCACGAGGAGAGCACCCACGACUACGAGGAGAGCAAUCACGAUUACGAAGAGAGUAAUCACGACUAUGAAGAGGACAUUCACGACUAUGAGGAGAGCACAGACCCACCCGAUUAUGUGAAGAUGGAGGAAGAGGUGAUCUUUCCUCCUCCUCCACCCUAUGAAAGUAUGAAUGGUUGUGUUUUGGAGGCCCAAAGCUACGAGAACCUGGCUGAGGAGAACGACUAUGAGGAGUGCACGGACGAUCAGUAUGUAAAGGUGGACGGUGAUGCUCAAGCAGGAGACAACACCUCCACAGAAGACUACGAUGACAUUGGGGGUGAAGACAGGGAUGAGGAGGACUACGAUGACGUGGGAUAAGACCCCAACAGAACAAGACAAGACACUUUUGAUGUUCCUGAAUUCUGCUGAGCAGAGAUUUUACUUACUGCAGAUUUCUUUUGUUGUCUGUAUUUUUUUUAUAACAUUCAUUAAAAAAUGAAGAUAACUGUAGUACUGAAGACGCUGAAAUCUGCUGAGUAGUGUUGAGACAACUGAUUUGAUCUUCA